CCGGCGGCGGCGGGCAGCCUUCGGCCUCGGCUGGCUGCCGCGCUGCGGACGCGAACUCAGGCACUGCGCACCGCAGGCUGCCCAGAGACCUACGCCGCCGCUCCCCUGGGCCGGGGCUCCCAGGACAGCGCCUCCCCGAGCGGAGGGGCCAGGCCGAGGCCCCGCGUGGGCCUGCAUGCCUCGCCGCUCCCCCUCCCCCAGGCCCUGCGCCCUCUCUCAUCCAGCCUAGAUUUCCAGCCGCCUUGCCCCCUUUCCCGGCUGAAUUAGGUUCUUCUUCCCACAGGUGUGCCCUGUGGCCUCAGAGGUCCAGAAAGUUUAGGACUGAACCUACCCAACGUCUAGUAAUGAGGCCCUGGAACCUGGGAGUUCUGGAAAGCCGUCCUUAGGGCUCCAGGUCGCCGGCUUCUGCGCUUUCUUUCUCUCGAAAGUUGAAGAGUUUCCUGUCUUCUCAAACUUACUACUGCCGAGGUGCCAUGGCCCCCAAGCCGGGGAGUGAGUGGAGCACGGCCUUAUCCCACUUGGCGCUGGGGGCGGUGUCUCUGCACGCAGCAGUGAGCACUGCCCAGGUGAGUCGAGGGGCUGCUGCUGGCUUCCUGCUCCAGGUCUUGGCUGCCACCACCAUGCUGGCUCCAGGACUGGGCACACAUGAAGACUGUCUUGCUGGAGCCUGGGUGGCCACUGUCAUCGGCCUGCCCCUUCUGGCCUUUGAUUUCCACUGGGUGAACGGGGAUCGAUCUUCUGCCAACCUGCUCCUGGGAGGAGGCAUGGUGCUAGCAGUGGCUGGUGACCACCUCGGCCCUGAGGGCCGCUCUGUGGCUGGUCAGGCAAUGCUGUUGGUGGUCGCAGUGACCAUCCUCAUUGUGGCCGUUUUCACAGCCAACACUUAUGGGAUGUGGGGGGGGGUGAUGCUGGCUGUGGCAGGUCUCCUGAGCCGGUUGGAGGAGGACAGGCUGCUAUUGCUGCCGAAGGAGGAUGUCUGUCGCUGGGCCCUGGCUGCGGGCAGUUGGGCCUACUGCCGGGCCCUGCACACACAGUGCCUGCAGUGGGAAUGACGACGCAGCAAAGCAGGGCUUCUACUCUGCCAACUGCUUUCCCUCCCACCAGCCUGCUCCAGGGUCCUUCUGGCAUAGGGAUAGACUCUCCUUCCCAAAAUGGGUUUGCUGCAGGUUAACUGGUCGGAGUCAGAGUCUGGGUGCUGUCCCUUGUCUGGCCACAUGUGGGGACUUGCCUAGACCAGAGUGAAGGGAAUGGGGUCCCAGGCACAUUUUGGUGCCUGAUUUUGGGCUGGACAUGGUUGUGGGUCCAGAGAGAAGCCUGGUUUCCAAUAAACGUUAGAAAUUUCACAGGAA